AUGGCCCAGCUCCAUGGUGCCAAGGUCUUUACUAAAUUGGAUCUACAAUGGGGUUACAACAAUGUCCAAGUUAAGGAAGGUGAUGAAUGGAAAACUGCCUUCCGCACCAAGUACGGCCUCUACAAGUCCCUUGUUAUGACCUUUGGCCUGACCAAGGCACCCGCUGCAUUCCAGCACUUUAUGAACAAAUUAUUCAAGGACCUGCUUGACAUUUGUGUGAUCAUCUACCUCAUUGACAUUCUGAUCUACUCCAAAAACAACCUGUUCUGCAAGGCAUCAAAGUGUACCUUCCACGUCACCUCAGUGGAAUACUUGGGGAUCAUUGUCUUGGAUAAAGGUUUUAGUCUGGAUAAGUGUUGUACACCACUGUAA